CUUACCAUCAGUUCAUGACAGGGAUGGUGACCGUUAGUCAUAUACUGACACUGCCUCUCCAAUAGAUUGCAGCCGGCCCAACGCUCAAGGCUGUGUGUAGCGGUCCGGAUCGAAUCGCUGAUGGGAAACUAAAGGAAAUAUGAUCAUACAUCACCUGUGGCUGAUAGUGACAGAAAUGGACGCCCCUCUCGCCACCCCCUGCAACAUCCAGAUCUGUGAUGUGACCUGUGACUCCUUCCGCAUCAUGUGGGACAUGAGCCCCGAGGACGGUGCCAGAGCAACACACUUCUUCAUCGACCUGAGCCGCAAAGAGAGCAGGGACCCCAACCGCUUCAAACACAGGGACGUGCCGACCAAGCUGGUGGCCAAGGCGGUCCCCCUCCCCAUGGCGGUGAGGGGCCACUGGUUCCUCAGCCCGCGGACGUUGUACUGCGUCGCUGUCCAAACUGCAGUCCGGCAGCCGGACGGCGACUACCUGGUUUCAGAGUGGAGCCAGGUGGUGGAGUUCUGUACCGGGGACUACGCCAUGGAACACUUGCAGCAGCUUCUUGACAAGGCCAAGGGCGCUGCGGGGAGGCUGCUAAAGUUCUCUGUGUUUUAUCGCAACCAGCACCCAGACUACUUCGACCAAGUCAGGAGGGAAUGUGGAGGCCUGAUGCGUCCAGCCCUGAAAGACAUCAGUGGGAGUCAUGGUUCUCCCAUCAAUGGCAAGCUGCAUGGAGUCUUCUUCAGCUGCAACACGGAGUUCGAUACGGGCCUCCCUCCCAGAGACUCUCCUUACGGCCCCUUGCGUUUCCAGAUCCCAGCCGGACACCUGCUGAACCCCAACACCUCCCUGUACUUUGCAGACUUCUACUGCAUGUACACUGCCUACCACUACGUGGUGCUGGUGCUGGCCCCGGUCGGCUCGGAGGGAGAUACCUUCUGUCGCACUCGUCUCCCUACGCUGGACUUGACCUCCAACCCCUUCCUGACAUACACUGCCCCCCAGAGGCCGGGGGAGGAGCCUCUGUACUACCACGCCAGCGACGUCAUCCUCGAAGUGCUUUUCUCAGAGUCGGUUGCAUUGGAUCAGGGCAGCGUGGAGCAGAUCAGCGGACACCACCAGCUUAUGAGUCUGACGACAGCCAACGCCAAGAAGGACCCCAGCUGCAAAGUGUGCAACAUCAGCGUGGGGCGCUGAGUGGGAUGCAGGACGGCCCAGGGAGUGUGAGAGUCUGCAAUAUUGAAAGACAAGUGUUGCACAAGACAAAACAUUCGAGACCAUCGUGUGUCGGUCACAACGCAUUGGAACCCGCCCACCUCGCGGGGUGCGUGCAUGCUGCUACCCCUCUUCCCUUCUGCAUGGACUAGUUUAGUGAGUAUUAAAUAGAAGACUUUUACAAUGUGUAUUGCAGAACUUCAUCACAGCUGGAACUAGAACGGGCACUCGGUAGAGCGCAUACCUUCGCAUAUCACAAGAUUGGGCAUUGAAUUAUGAACAUUUUGGCAUUAGUUGCAUGCCAAUUGGACAAAAAUGUAUCGUAUGGUAAAAAAAGAGUUUGACCUUUCCAUGACCUUGACCUUGACCUUUGACCCGAUUGAUCCCAAAAUCUAAUCAAAUGGUCCCCGGAUAAUAACCAAUCAUCCCACCAAAUUUCAUGCGAUUCAAGAACAUUUUGACCUGUUCAUGACCUUUGACCUUGACCUUUGACCCGAUCGAUCCCAAAAUCUAAUCAACUGGUUCCCGGAUAAUAAACAAUCAUCCCACCAAAUUUCAUGCGAUUCGGUUCAAUACUUUUUGAGUUCUCCGAAAGAUUUUGACCUGUUCAUGACCUUUGACCUUUGACCCGAUCGAUCCCAAAAUCUCAUCAACUGGUCCCCGGAUAAUAAACAAUCAUCCCACCAAAUUUCAUGCGAUUCGGUUCAAUACUUUUUGAGUUUUGCGAAUAACACACAUACAAAUAAAUAAAUAAAUAAAUAAAUACACGGCGAUCAAUACAUAACCUUCCGGCAUUUUCAAUGCGAAGGUAAUAAAUAAAUACACGGCGAUCAAAACAUAACCUUCCGCAUUUUCAAUGCGAAGGUAACCAGUAAGCGUCCAUCCAUGGCUGCUGAACAAAGAGUUACAGACAUGAUAGGCUUUAGAUUGCUAGGAAAAUAUCUGCUCCUUGUUUGUUGAGUCAUCGGUGCUUUCUGGUGUCUGCGUGUCAUUUCACAAACGUCUUUUCCAUCUUUCAAAUUUAGAUUUUUUUCCCUUAGGAUGUGAUUGAUAAAAAAAAAUGUUAUGUGGUUUCUCUUAAAGAAAUUAGUGUUUGAUACAACCUGAACAUGCAAACGCGAGAAGCAUGUCUCUUUUAAAACAUAACAGGUCAUAACAAAAUAUAUUAUUUCUUGUGAUUUCUCUAAAAACUAAAAUGCUGCCAAAUGUUCUUUUUUUUUUUUUAAACAAAUAUUUCUUAUUGCCAAAUGUGAAAUAUCGAUGCUACUUUGCAGCUUUAACUCCAGUCGUCAUUGUAGAGUUAUGAGUUAUUUUUAAAUUGUAGCUCAGACUUCUGCAGACAUAUAUGUUGCAAUGUGACAGUGAGAGGGGGAAACGUGCAUCUCAAAGUUCUCUACAAUCAGUAUCUGACAGCGAGCCUCUGCUCUGCAAACGGGGCAGAGCUAAGAUUAGCUUCAGUGUAUGUUUGUCACUGCCCAAUAACCUUUGACCUAGAUGGAACUCUCAGAAAUGCCUAAAGGGAAAGGGAUCCCGUCUCUGGUGCACGACAGUAAUGCAUGUGGC